AAAAAAAACAGAUAUGGCGUAGAAUUAUUGAAGUAAUAUUCAUUAUACCGUAUCUAAAAAAGAUAUGGUAUAAAAAAAAAGUUAAGGGGUGAGGGUGAAAGGUGGUGUUGAGCGUGUGUCUAUGGUGGCAAGUUAAGUGUCUUGUGUUUCACUGCAUGAGUGUAGCCCAUAAGUCAUGUGACUAGCGGAACAUAAACAAUAAAAACAGUUUCAGUUGAUCGGGAGACUUAGAACUUUCAAUGCACUAGGCGAGAAAUUGAACUCAAGUGACUGCAGAUAAUAUGCGUUUGAAUGCAGGUGAAUUCUAAUUAUAGGUGUUUUAGUACAGGGGGGAUCUAAAAGUGCUCAUCAAUUAUUGUUCCGAUAAUAGAGUCCAGCUGCAUGUUUGCUGUUUUUAAGAUAACCAAGAACGGAAAUUACCUCUGCGUAUAACUUAUAAACAGGGAUUGGUCACUGAGAUGUGUCAACAAUAUUAUCAAUAUAUCUAGAUCUAGAUCUGUCUAUAGAUCUAGACCUAUACAUCUAUAUUUAGAGAUGGAUUUAAUCUAGAACCUGAUGUAGAGUGUAGAUCAAAAUCUAUAUUAGAAUCUAGAUCUUUAUAGAAUCUAGACUAGAGUCUAGAUCGAACAAAAAUCUGCAUUUAUUUUUGAUCUCGUGGUUUAGAUUUCUUAACAAAUUCAAAGACUAGAUUCUAAGUCUAAGUCAAAGAUGAUUAAAUCUAAGUUAAGACUAAGACAUUUCUCGCCUUAUUAAAUUAAUUACGCAAAUAAACUCAACUGAUAGGCUACUCAGACUCAUAGAGUUGAAAGACUGACAACCUGCAUUUUUGAUGAUAGGUCUAUUCUAUAGUAAAAGAUCUAAGGUUUAGUGAUAGAUAUUAUUACUUAAUAUUAGAUAGAUUUAAAUCAAAUCAAUAGAAUUUAGAUCUAGCUCAAGGCCAACUCAACUGUCACCAAGCUAGAAUACAUAGAGCCACUAGAAGCUAGAUCUAGAUCUAGAUUUAUCUGAGUAUAUGAAAGAUCUAUACUAUCUUGAUCUAGUCUUAGACCCGUCUUAGUUUGUAUACAACACUAAUAACGACUAGUCACUAGACUCACUGUAUAGAUCUAGUGGCUUGGAUGGAUCUGGAUGAAUUCUUUCAAGCGGUUUGAGCACAAUGACUUCAAGCAGGGAGGCUCAACUCUUCUGUCUUUUGACUUCAAUAUGAUGGACAUCAAGCCCCUGAUUGCCACGCCAGACCUAACCGGUUGCUCUCGUGACACUUCUCUUUUGUGCCCCGCAUUCGCCCCCAGAAUCGCCCCCAACAUGAUCAUCGACGCCACCACCCACAAUUCCAGCUCCAACAUGCCGGUCUCACCCAAGCAAGGGGAGACUAUCACUGCGGAUAGUCUAAAUAAACCCGAGAACGUCUCCUCUUCUCUGACACCGACCUCAUGGGACCAGACCCCCUUGCUUAGCAAGUCGAGGAGCAAAGAUUCCCUGGAUAUCAAUGACUACCCGAUGUGGAGCCACAGCGCCACACUUAAAACACCGGCUUUAUCCAUGCCACCAUCGCCACACUCCCCAUCUUCAACACAUAGGAAAGGGUCAUCAGAUCUGGAAGAUCCCGCCGAUAGUACAGCCAUUUCCGCUUCCGGCAUGUCUUCUCGCAAUGGUGACAGGCCGGACAGCUCGCCGUCUCCCAGAUCGCAGCUUAACUCCAGCUUCGAGGAAUCCGACAGUGUAAGGGUUAACUCUAGUAUGCAAAUCCGAGAUAACUUCGGUCCUGGCAGAAUGACCAUAGACGCUAGCUAUGAAAGAAGGUCCAGGCGGAAGCCGACCAGCGAAGACAUAAGGCGAGUUAAACCCUUGAACAUGGUUCACUACGACAGCGAGGAGAGCGAGAUUGAGGACGACAUCCUCCAAGAGGAGCUGAUGAUGAAGAAGAUGCGAGAGUGCGCCAGUGACGAAGUUGACGGCACUCUGAAGCCCGAAAUCAGACUGAACGGCGAGGCCAGGUAUGGUGACGAACCGGAGGAAGGACUUAACACGAACAGGUUGUCCCGCCACGAGGCCGUCGAUGGUAUCCCGGAGGACGAUGACGAGGAAAUGGAGAUUCGGUCUGAGAGCGAUAGCCUGACCGAUUCCGACAAGUACUCGUUCCUGAAGGACGUCCCUAGCCACAUCUACAACCUCAUGCAGGAGGUGAAGAUGUGUGCCCACGACAUGGCCAUGAAGCCUAUGAACAGUAUGAAUCCGGCCGAGGCCAAGUAUAGGAGAGAGCAGUGUCUCCUCCAGAUGAUGACCAACCUGAGGGACAUGUGUCGGAUGAACGGGCUCGGGCCCGAUGUCAUUAGCGCCAUCCUAAAUGACGUUGAGGCCGAUUUCAAUUUGAACGAGGAGCUGGAAGAGAUGAAAAUGAAGCAGUACUACUCAGAUAGCGACAGAGAGUCUAGCUUCAAUGAUGGAGAGGAACACUUUCUGGCCAAACCAGAAGCCAAGAGAGAAUCAUCGGUCCGUGACUUCAAGGAACCGUCCGGCCAGGAUCUGAGCUUUCACUCCGUCAACCCUCCCUCUUUCUUGAACACCUCCACGGCCUCCUCGAUGCCAUCGACAUCUCCAUCCUCCACCUCGUCAUCUUCCCCGACAUCUGACGUCAAGCCGAUCAUCGUGACUGUGUCGCCCGGCCGGAACCACACAACGUCACAUCUGUCCUCCGGCGGGGCCUUCCCGCCACUCAACCCUCCCUUCAACAUUAGUGAGACGGCUUUGAACCCCUUGUUCGGCAACGGCAAAUUGCCGCCCUGGCUACCCGGCCUUCCCAUGUAUCCUUUCAGUCCUGGGAAUCCACUGGACCACGCGCUGAACAGGAAGUUUCUUAAUUUCGAAGGCAAAAUCGGGGAGAAUGUGGACAAAGAUUACCUAAAGUGUCAGUUUUGCGAGAGGACUUUUAGACGCCAGAAGAAUCUGGAAAACCACGUGGAAAACACGCACCAGGGCAAAGGGCCCUUGAAACCCAGACGAGAGACAAACGAUAUGUACUUCAAAUGUUCUCACUGCCCCUAUACCACCAAACACCAAAGUAACCUGUAUGUACAUUUGCGUAUCCACACUGGUGAAAGACCAUACAUCUGUGGCGCAUGUGGGGUGCAAUACAGCCAAAGUCAUAGCCUGAAGAGCCACAUCAUCAACAAGCACGAUGGCAUCAUGUCCUACUACAUCAAAGAAAAGCGGACACGUUCCCCCCGGGGCAUGGGCUACCUUUCCACCCAGGUCAUGCAUGACAGCAAUAUCUUCAAGCUGCCCCCUCCUCCUCUGCUGGGACCAUCUAUGCAGCACAGCAACAUGGACCUGGUGACCAAAGCCAUUGAGAUGGCCAAGUCAGAGCAUGCUCAGCAGCAGCAUUUGAAGCAGCAGCAGAACAUGUCACCACUUGGGCUCGACGGUAGCAUGAACAGAAACGGCUUGCCCCCUCUGAUGACAAGCUCUGAUAGUGGCUCAAUCAAUGGUGGUUCAGGGCCUGUCAACUCUAAAACACCAUCCACACCUAAUUCAAUAUCUACAAGUGGGAACCACACUCCACUGCCCUCCACACCCUUGUUCAGCACGCCAGGGCCUGGCCCACACCCACCCUUCAUGAUGAAUAAUCAUCACAUGCCAUCGCCAAUGUUUGGAGAUCUUUUCCCUCACCUUCGUAACCCAGGUCAUCAUCCAGGAGGUCCACCACUUUUUCCUGGAUUCCCUCAUUUCCCUCCCCAUAGCUCCAAUUUCCCAAGCCCUGCGGGCUUCUCUCCUUUGUCUGGCUUAACCAACAGCCCCAGGUCAGCAUCCUCCACGCCUACCCCACACAUGCCUCAUCACCUUCAGCUCCCAGGCACACUUCCCCAUCUGUCUCCCUCCCCCCACCACUUGCUGCAGCACCAAAUUAAAAAAGAGCCCCAGACAUCUCCCACAACCACAUCCAGGACCAAGUCGCCUGCUCAGAGCCAGGCAGAUGAAGCUAUUGACUUGCGAAAGAAAUCGCCACCUCCCGAAAUCAGAGAACCCCACCACCAUGCUCAUGACUUGAGUUCCUGCGGUAAUAAAGAAAACUGUGCCCAUGCUGCCAAGCUGAAGUACUUGCGCCUGAAUGUGGUCAGGAUGUUAGGUAUCCUUGUGCCCAACUUAAACUUUGCUGAAAAAGGCAUCAGUGCAGAGUCCGAAUCAGUGGACGAGCUGCUUCAGGAUGUUAUUGAGAGCAACACUCAUGAUGAUGACAUGGAAUAGAUAGCUCUCUACUGUUUCUAGUUUCUUUUCCCAAAGAUGUCUCAUACCCUGCUAACUAGGCUGCCGCAAUCCAAGAUUUAAUCCUAGAAUGGCCAUUAGCAACUUAUUAAUCAGAUGGAGAUUUGAAAAGAAUUAUUGUCGCUGAUGACAACAUUUAUGGGUUAGAUUCACUUUGACAGUGCAUAAGACAGACUACAACAAAAUAGCAGAUUGAAUCAUUAAUGGCUGUGAAUUUGUUUAAAUAAAAAGCAUAAACUUAACAUUUUAUUGAAAAUAAAAUAUAACGUUUAAUUUCUGUUCUGCAUAAAUGGAAAUUUCAAAAUAGAACUGAAACUGCAGCAGCCAAAUGGUUGUCUGAUAUCGUAGAUUGAAGAGCCGCUGAUUCCACGGCAAUAAGAAAUGUAUUUUAUGCAAAGCACAAACGUUGGGGGGCAGAUCUCUCACCUUGAUUUUUAUUUUUGUGCAUUGAGCCUUGAGGGAGGCUAUCUCUUGCAAAGAUCGGCCAACAAGCUUUAAGAUGUUAUAUCCAGCAUUUUCAUUUUGAACAAAAACCUCACAGACAGACCAAAGACGUAAUCCUAUAAAAGAUGCUACCAUAUUUUGUGUGUUAUCCCUACCACUUUGAACACUUUCAAAGUGAUUUUUUUUUUGCCUUCUUAUGUUUAAGAAAAAGAAAAAUCCAUGCAAUUGGAAGUUGUUGAUAACAGAUCUAUCAUGCUACAUACGAUUGUUUUCCUAUAUAGCAUGACAAAACAAAAUACAAAAUUGACAUUGUUCUUGUCUAUUGCCAAGCAGACAAAUGUUUGGUUGAAACCAUAAAAAGGAACUUUGUGCUGCCAUGAAGCAAGUUUCAUUGUGUUUUCAUUGUCUGAGCAAGCUGCUGGAAUUUGAAAUAGAAGAACAGCGCAACACAUUUGAUCUGCCUCUAUCAAAAACAAGCAGAGUCUGGGUUUUUAAUAAUCUGCUGAGCGCCACCAAAGAAAAACAUUUUUUUUUUCAACUCUCAUUGCAAUGACUAAACAAAAUGACUAUGUAUCAUGGGAGUCAUCAUUGAUUGUUUCAUCUCAUUCACUGUUCUGCUUUUUUUUAUUUCCAUACACAUGAAUUUUUUUUAUAUAUAUAUAUAUUUGUGUUUGUUGUUAUAUUUAUUAUUAUACAAUUUUAAAAUCUACUGUUGUGAUUAUUUGCUAAAUUGUAGACACACAGAUAAGUGUGUGUAGCAUUCAGUUGUUGUUUUUUCCCCCAUUAAACUGAAACUAAAAAUAAAAAGUGAUCUUGCUACUGUGCAUGCUAGUCAGAACAGGGGUUAGCCAUUGUAUUACUUAUGGAGCUGAAUAAAAAGUAUCAACUAUUUGAUAUCUGCCGGGCAACUUUCUGCCUACCUAAAGAACUAUUGCAUGUUGUGAAUCUUUUUUUUUUAAAGAAACUUUCCAUGAAUAAUUCUCUCCCUUUUUCCUUCCUACACAUAAGCAUUCAAAGUACUUCAUGUCGAAAUGUAUAUAUUUCUAUGUUUAACUCAGAUGGUGCAGACAAAGAAACGCUUGGGAACUAUUGUGUAAAGCUGCACACACCUUUUCUCCCACUCCCUUUGAUGUUGUAGUUGAAAUAAUAAUUUUCUUUCUUUGGCUAAUAGUCCAACUAGCACAAAUAAAAUCUCAGCAGUUGCCAGGUUGCUAUUUGUUAUUUGAACAAACAAAACUCAAAAGAGCGUAAACGUUGGUUGCAAAAAAAAAAAAAAAAAAGCAGAAUCUUUCCAUUGUAUUUAUUUGUUAGUUCUGAUUGUUAUUUUGAAUUGAUGACUGCAUAUUUCUGCAAACAUUUCACAUUCCCACCUAACAAUAUGUUUUUUAAAAAUAAUAUAUAUUUUGUUUGUUGUGCAAUUCAACACAUCAGAUAGUUGCUAAAUGUAGCCUCUACUUAAAUUCAGCAACAGGCCCAGGUUUUGUUAAUUGGUUAGUUAUAAGUACUCAUCUUUUUGUUUUUUUUUUCCAUUGGAUUACACACUUAGCACUUAGUGUACUUUGAAAAGUGUCGGGGGGGGGGGGGGGGUAAGGGUGACUAGAUUUGUUUCCCCUUCGUUUCCCUGUGUGCCCAUGUACUUACCAUCUUCAUGCAUGUUGCAAGGCAGCAUUAUGUCUCCCUCCCUCCAUCAGAAGCACUUUGGAUAUUUCUGAAUGCAGUUUUGUGUUACCUCCACCUUUCUGUUGCUUCACUGGACCUGUUUUGAAUUGAAUGCUAAAACAUACAAAUAUGGCAUUGCUUCUAACAACCUAUUCAGGCGUGCUAAAUUCACUUGUUCAAUUGUUUUUUUUUUUUUUUCUGUUACUUGUUAGUUAGCAAUUUAAAAAGAAAACAACUUUUGAAUCUAUGAAAAGACUUUGCAAUUUUUUUAUUUUUUUUUUGUCUUUUAUAAGAAUAGACUAAUUUAAACAAAAGCAAUAAGCAUUGUGUCUAUAUGUAUCACUUUUGUUACCACUUUGAAUAUUUUGAUGCAUUUUAGUUUUGCAUGCUCUUUUGAGAUUUUACCAAAACAGAAUCAAAAUUUUUUAUGAAUUAUCUAAACAUCUUUUUUUUUUUAUUCGACAAUACAUCCAAUAAUUGUUUUUUACAUAUCUUAAUUUUUAUACAAUAAUACAUAUUUUUUUAAGCUUUUUGCAACUUUUCUGAAUUUUUUUUCCCCACUGGUCUAUGUUCACCCACCAUCACCCUCCAAAAGCAAUGUACAGCAACACCGCUCCCUCCUGCAAUAUUUUUUUUCUGUCCUUCUACACUUGAUUUCUUCAACUUUUAUGUUUCGUCUGGAAUCAUUUCCAUUUUCAUUUUGUGUAUUUGAUCUUACUGCUGAACCAAAACACUAAGAACCUUACUUGUGUAUUAUGAUGCCACUCUGUCCUGUUGUUGUAGAACUGAGCAAGCUACAAAACCCUUAUCACCCUAUUCAUUGUUAUUGUUGCUAUUUAUACAUUUAUCCAUCAAAUGAGUAUUUUUUUGUUUGUUUGAGUGUGGAAACAAGCAAAUGAUUCCAUUGUUUUAGAUCUGUCUCAUUCCAGUAUACACAAAUCAACCUUUUUGUGUUCCAUUAUUAUUUUGAUUCAUUCUAUUUUUGGUAAUAUAUUUAGUGACGACUAUUUAUCCAUGUCUGUUAUUCCACUUGUAUUCAUGCUGUUACUUCAAUGUGCAAGUUGAAAUCAUUUGUUGUGAAACUUGUCCUUCUUGACUUUGUUACAGAAUUAACUGUUAAUCCAACACAAAUAAAACCAUUCUUUAUUUUAUGGACAUUUCAUGUGCAAGCAUUCCUUUCACUAGGUUGUAGAGAAAUAUUCUUUCAUGCUCUUCUCAAUCCAUUGGUCAACACUUUCACAUACUUUGCCCAUUCCUAAACAAACAAAGUUUUUGUUGGGUUUUUUUUUUUCUCUUGUAAACUAAGUUGGCAAUUCACAUUGCAGAUUUGACUUUGCCUUAUUGCCAAAGUCCUCUUUAUAUUGUACAAACAAUGUGUAACCUUUUUUGAUUUCACCUCUUGACUGAAAGCUGUGAACAUAGCUGGAGAGUUGUCUGAAUGUUGCCUCUGACUUGAUCUUGUGCCUGUGUCCCAUGUUUAAAGCUAGAAGGUUGUGAACUCCCAUUGCCUAUAUAUAAUCCUAUCUUGCUGUUCUACACUUGUUUAUAGAUUCUAUCCAUUGACAUUGUUACAAGGAACAUUUUCUUGAAAAACAAAAGUUAGAAUAAAAUUCAGUUGGUUUUAUUUAUUAAUCUUUUGCGUCCAAAGCAAAAUGGAAGACAAAAGUCCAAAUGAAGCGAGCUGUAGACUUAACAGAUAGAUUUUUUUUUUCCACAUAAAUCUAGAUCUAGAUUUUGUUUGACAUGAAGAAAUGGACAGUUAUCUUAAUUAGUUUACUGUAUUCAGUAUACUGUAAUCAUACAUACAUGCUUAUUUCUCCUGUUACAAAUGUUUAUUUUAUUCAACUCUUUUUGAUUUAUCUUUUACUGAAUUUCCUAAAUCUGUAGGCCUGCAUAAAAUGAAUUAACUUUCAAUUUUUCAUGUUUAGUUUAUAAAGAUUGAUGAUAAUCUUAGAAGGAGAAUGUUUCUAGUUACUAGAGUCUAGAAAUCGCUUGCAGUGCUCUAUAACGUUGUCACUUGGUUCUUCAGCAAUACACUGUUCAUCUCAGCAUGCUUGAUUUCCUUUAUAUAGGCUCUUGUCAUUGAGGAUAAACAAAACACAUUGUCAAACUACUAUCACAGUCACUGAGAUCUAGAGAACUUAUUAUUGCCUUUUUAGAAUGGUUGUGAAAAGUUCAUGGCCUUUGUGCACAACAUUAAAACUUUCCCCCCAGCGGAUAGAGAGAAAGAGAGAGAAAGAAAGAAAUUUAGAUCUACUUUUUCGAAAGUUAUACUUCUUCAGUGAUGCCUACUUAAUAAUGUUGAUGUCUGCAUCUCAAAUUUGACUUCAAUCUUGUAUUUUAUAUUCAAGUUGUUUCUUUUGAUUCAAUUAUGAACUGAAGCUUACACCUUCAACUACUUAAACCUGUAAGAUGACUACUAAUGGUGUAAUGCUGGAAAUGGGUGAUUUAUUGUUCUGUUUUUUUUUUUUUGUUCAGUUAAACUUGACUUCUUCUGGCAUUUCCAGUAUCUAUUUAUAGCACACUGACCUACUUCUUGAUCAAUUUAUGCAUAUUGCAAGAAAUUGAGAGAACUAUAUUUUACUGAGUUAUGUAUUUGAGAUGUUUGUGUAUAAAUACUUGAUACCUAUUGGUGUAAUCAACUCUCAUCCCGUCUCCACCCAUCCUCUGAACCAAAACCCAACAUUUUUUUUUCUCUUGUUCUGUUUUCUCUACUGAGAACUUCAUCACAUGUCAGAAGUCUGUGUAAAACACCAAAUGUGAAAGUCAAACAAUGUGUAUGACCUAAAUCAACUCUAAUGACUGUUCUUGGUGUUUAACUCUGUGUCUGUACAAAAAACCAAACCACCAAACUAUCGCAUAUCUUCAGUGUUGUGUUGUAUCAAUGUGCUUUAUUCUACUUAAACAAUGCCACAAGAGAAACAGAUCCAAAUAAUGACUCUUUGUUUUUUAUGUACAAAUGAAAUAUAUAAAUAUAUAAAUAUAUAAAUUUGUGUAUGAAAAAGCAAUUUUUCUUAGAAGAAAAUAUCCAUGCAGUUACUAUUUUGUCUGUUUUUUUGGGUUUGUGUAAAAAAAAAAAGCCAAAAAUUUUCUGCUUUUACUGUCUGAUUUCUUUUUUUCAUUACUUAGUUUUGGUUGUAAAUAUUAAUUCCUUCAUUUUUUUUUUAAGUUUCCUUUUUUUUUUCUUUUAAAGAAAAGAAAUUGUCUUUAAUUUAUUUUUGAAUUUUUAAAUAGUGAUUUUGUUAAGUCUUCAUUUUGAGAUAUUCAGAAGUCGAAAGAAAAACAGCUGUAGUUUGUAAUGACUGGUUUGGUGUCAGAAGUAGAAGUGAAGGAACAUGUAGACAAGAACAUUGACUGACAAAGUUACAUUGAUAGUAUGUAAUUCCACUUAUGUAUAGAGUGAGCAGGCCUCCUACUUAAACAGUGAUACACAAGUUUUGUUCAACUGUUAACAGCUUGUGGCUACACUCUAUAAGAUAAGAGCUGAGCCCAAUGAGAUAAUUUAUUUUGUUUUGUUUCCAUGACCAACAUUUACAUAUCACAUUUUUUUUAUUCCAAUGUGUUCAUUUUUAUUUUUACAUUCUGAAGAUCUCUCAAUGUUAAGCAUUAAAUGAUUUUUUUGUGUGUGUUUGUUUUGUAUAUUUUGUUCAUACACAAUUUUGAUUAGUUAAACUUUUUUUUUUGCUUGCAUUUUGUUAUGUUAUGAAAUCCUUUGUUCCAUUAUAUUUCCAGUUGUUGUUUUUGAACAACAAUCUGCUAUGAUCUGAAACUAUUUUUGUUUAUUUUACUGUGUUACAAACUACGACUACCACAGAUCAGUUGAUUCUAUUGGAAUGAUAUUUAAACAAUAAUUGUAAAUAGUAUUGUAACAUUUUUAUUUUUUUGUUUUGUUGAUUUUCAUCCCCCUGUGUUCAGUUUUGUUUUAACCCACUCAUAGCCAAAGAGUGUUCAUUUUUUUUUUUUUGUUUCUGGUUUAUUAGCUGCCAACAUUUUGAAAACUUAGAUUAAGUUUGCUUGUAAUUCUAGUCUCUGCUCUAUAGUAUUCAACAAUGCUCAAACGUUGUUUCAUAUUCGCAUUCAUUUCAACUAUUUUAAUGUCAAGCUUAUUUUCCUUUUUGGUUUUUAUUAGUCAGAAAAACAAAUGUACACAUAUUUUCAUUUCUCUUUUUUUUUUCCUUGAAUAAAUUUUCAAACUAGGUUAAUUUUUUUAAAAAACUUUUUAUAAUUUUGUUCAUAUUUGCUUCUUGAUCAAGCUUAGAAGAUAACAAACUUGAAGCUAAGUUUUGCAGUAUUAUUUUUUGCUUUUCUAGUUUUCAGUUUAUAUCAGCUGAUUUUUAAUUUAUAUCUUUAUACAUUGAUUAAGAAAAGUAUAUUUAAUGUACCUACUAUUAAUUUGUAUAACAUUGGAAAAGAUCUGAAGAAGUAUAUUUUUUGAACACCAGACAUACCUUGAACAUUUUGAAUAGAAUUUCUAAAAUUGUAUUUCAUGUUAUUACAUGGCCAAAAUGAUGAAGUUCAACCAUUUUGAUAGUCUGUAUUUUUGUAUGAUUCAAAUUUAUCAAAAGUCAAAUUUCUUUUACUUUUAUGUCAUAGUGAAAAUGAAGUCACAAUUAGAAUUUAUACAAGUAUUGUACCAAAGUUACUUGCAAGCAAAUCAAUUAAACAAAAUACUAUUCUAAUAAUUUAAGUUUCAAGGAAACAAAAAUGUAUAGACAGUGCAUCAUAAAUUUUAAGUUUUAUUCAAUUUUUAUUUCCAAAUUUUUUCAUCUUACUCAAAACUCUUCCAAAUAUUUUUGUUGCAUUUUUUUUUGUUGUUGUUGCUAUUUUAACAACCUUCUAAAGCUGAGGAAAAAAAUAUUUUCUAAUUGGCUUCGUACAUUGCUGCUUGCAUUUAAGUGAUUCCUCUACUAGGCACAAAACAGAUCAUACCAUUUGUUUCAAGACAGAUGUGGGUACAAUACAAGCAGUGUGUUUGCUCUGUUGUAUUAAUAUUGGCAUAAAGUAUUAGCAUUCAGCCACACUAUGACUGGGAGACCAAUGAUCUUGUAUUGAUACAGUUGUGCACAGAUUCCUGGAGAUAUAGAAAUAUAUAUAUAUAUAUAUAUAUACUUAUACAUAUUGAUGUCUUCCUUUUAACAGUCAAAUUAAUUUUGUGUUUCGUCCUCAUUUUAUUUUCUGUUUUGUUUAAUUUUUUUGGUUCCUUUUAUUUGCUUUUGAAAUGACUAAUGUUUGUUUGCUGUAAAGUGAAUAUAGUGAGAAAAAUAAACAACUGAAAUUGA